CCUGCCCGCCGCGGGGCCACCGGCGCGCGCUGGCUCCCGCAGCUCCCCGCCCGCGCCCCGGGAACAGGUGCCGGGACUGUUUGUGGCCCGCAGCCGCCCGCCGCUCGUGCGGAGGUGGGACCCAGGAAGGGCUCGCAGGGCGGCCACAUGGAGAGUCACGGCGGGACUCCCCCGGCUGGGGCGCUCGGGGCGGCGGCCGAGUUACCACCGUCUCCGCUGCCGCCGGGAGCCGAGGGCGCGGCGGGGCCGGCGGAGCCCGACGGGGCGGCCGAGGGCGCGGGGAGCGGGAGCGGGGCCGAGGACGGGGGCGGGCCGCGACGGGCUCUGCGGGCAGUGUAUGUGAGCAGCGAGAGCCCGCAGGGCGGCCCGGCCGGCGGCCCGGAGGCGGGGGCGCGCCAGUGCCUGCUGCGGGCCUGCGAGACCGAGGGCGCCCAGUUCAUCUCCGUGCCCUUCGGGGAGCUCGACUUCGGGGAGACAGCUGUGCUCGACGCCUUCUACGACGCAGAUGUUGCCGUGGUGGACAUGAGUGAUGUCUCCAGACAGCCUUCACUCUUUUAUCAUCUGGGGGUCCGAGAAAGCUUUGACAUGGCCAAUAAUGUGAUCCUGUACCAUGACACCGACGCGGACACUGCUCUUUCAUUGAAGGAUAUGGUAACUCAGAAAAACACAGCAUCUAGUGGAAAUUAUUAUUUCAUCCCGUACAUCGUGACACCGUGUGCUGAUUAUUUUUGCUGCGAGAGUGACGCCCAAAGGCGUGCCUCAGAGUACAUGCAGCCCAACUGGGACACCAUCCUGGGUCCGCUGUGUGUGCCCCUGGUGGACAGGUUUAUUAGCCUCCUCAAGGACAUCCACGUGACCUCAUGCGUUUACUACAAAGAAACCUUGUUAAACGACAUCCGGAGAGCCCGAGAGAAAUACCAGGGUGAUGAACUGGCAAAGGAACUGGCUCGGAUCAGACUUCGCUUGGACAACACCGAAGUCCUGACCUCGGACAUCAUCGUUAAUUUGCUGCUGUCCUACCGCGACAUCCAGGACUAUGACGCCAUGGUGAAGCUGGUGGAGACCCUGGAAAUGCUGCCUACGUGUGACUUGGCCGACCAGCAUAAUAUUAAAUUCCACUAUGCAUUUGCACUCAACAGGAGAAACAAUGCAGGCGACCGCGAGAAGGCUCUGCAGGUCAUGCUCCAGGUUCUGCAGAGCUGUGACCACCCGGCCCCCGACAUGUUCUGCCUGUGUGGGAGGAUCUACAAGGACAUCUUCUUGGAUUCUGACUACAAAGAUGACACCAGCCGAGACAACGCCAUUGAGUGGUACCGCAAAGGAUUUGAGCUCCAGUCAUCUCUUUAUUCAGGAAUCAACCUGGCAGUUUUGUUGAUAGUUGCUGGACAACAAUUUGAAACUUCCAUGGAACUAAGGAAGAUAGGUGUCCGGCUAAACAGUUUGUUGGGAAGAAAAGGGAGCUUGGAGAAAAUGAACAAUUACUGGGAUGUGGGUCAGUUCUUCAACGUCAGCAUGUUGGCCAACGAUGUCGGGAAGGCCGUCCAGGCAGCUGAGAGGUUGUUCAAACUGAAACCUCCAGUCUGGUACCUUCGAUCGUUAGUUCAGAACUUGUUAUUAAUUCAGCGCUUCAAGAAACCUAUUAUUGAACAUUCACCCAGGCAAGAACGGCUUAACUUCUGGUUAGAUAUAAUUUUUGAGGCAACAAAUGAAGUUACUAAUGGACUCAGAUUUCCAGUGCUGGUGAUAGAACCAACCAAAGUCUACCAGCCUUCGUAUGUCUCUAUAAACAGUGAAGCUGAGGAGAAGACGGUUUCUCUGUGGCAUGUCUCACCCACAGAAAUGAAACAAAUUCAUGAAUGGAAUUUUACAGCUUCUUCCAUUAGGGGAAUAAGCUACCUCUUGCUGCCGUUCAACCAUCAACAGGGACGUGCAAAGGACCUGGGCAUAUCCAAGUUUGAUGAGCGGUGUUGUUUUCUUUAUGUCCACGAUAAUUCCGAUGACUUUCAAAUCUACUUUUCUACCGAAGACCAGUGUAAUAGGUUUUGCUCUUUGGUUAAAGAGAUGAUAAGCAGCUCAGUGGGCAGUACAGUGGAGCUGGAGGGGGACACCGAUGGGGACACCUUAGAGUACGAGUAUGACCACGAUGCAAACGGCGAUAGGGUCGUGCUGGGGAGAGGCACAUACGGGAUCGUGUAUGCCGGAAGAGACCUGAGCAACCAAGUGCGAAUAGCCAUCAAGGAAAUCCCGGAGAGAGACAGCAGGUACUCUCAGCCUCUGCACGAGGAGAUAGCCCUGCACAAGUACCUCAAGCACCGCAAUAUUGUUCAGUACCUGGGCUCUGUCUCUGAGGCUGGCUACAUUAAGAUAUUUAUGGAGCAGGUGCCUGGGGGAAGCCUUUCUGCUCUUUUGCGAUCAAAGUGGGGGCCAAUGAAGGAGCCCACCAUCAAGUUCUACACCAGGCAGAUCCUGGAAGGCCUGAAGUAUCUCCAUGAAAACCAGAUUGUGCACAGAGACAUAAAGGGCGAUAACGUUCUGGUGAAUACCUACAGCGGAGUGGUGAAGAUCUCUGAUUUUGGAACCUCCAAACGGCUUGCAGGAGUGAAUCCGUGCACCGAGACUUUUGCUGGCACUCUGCAGUACAUGGCACCUGAGAUUAUCGAUCAGGGACCUCGCGGGUACGGUGCCCCGGCAGAUAUCUGGUCCCUGGGCUGCACCAUUAUCGAGAUGGCCACCAGUAGGCCUCCGUUCCAUGAGCUCGGCGAACCGCAGGCAGCGAUGUUCAAAGUGGGGAUGUUUAAGAUCCACCCUGAGAUUCCAGAAGCCCUUUCAAUGGAUGCCAGAGCCUUCAUUUUAUCCUGUUUUGAGCCUGCCCCCCACAAACGUGCCACCGCUGCCGAGCUGCUCAAAGAGGGUUUCUUAAGGCAGGUGAACAAGGGCAAGAAGAGCCGAAUCGCUUUCAAGCCGGCAGAGAGUACCUGGGGCAGCGCCCUAGCCCUGCCCAUAUCCGGGGAGCCCCUGGGCAGCAGCAGCAGCGAGCACGGCUCUGUCUCCCCGGACUCUGAUGCCCAGCUGGAUACGUUCUUUGAGAAGGCCCGGGCACCCAAGCACCGGCUCAGCCACCUGCUCAGUGUUCCGGAUGAGAAUGCAGCCUCGUCCCCGGAGGACAGGGACCCAGGCCUCUUCCUGCUGCGCAAGGACAGCGAGCGCCGUGCCAUCCUGUACAGAAUCCUCUGGGAGGAGCAGAACCAGGUGGCUUCCAACCUGCAGGAGUGCGUGGCCCAGAGUUCGGAAGACUUGCAUCUCUCAGUCGGCCACAUCAAGCAAAUAAUUGGGAUCCUGAGGGACUUCAUCCGCUCCCCGGAGCACAGAGUGAUGGCAUCCACGAUAUCAAAGCUAAAGGUGGACCUGGACUUUGACAGCUCGUCCAUCAAUCAGAUUCAUCUGGUACUGUUUGGAUUUCAGGAUGCUGUAAAUAAAAUUUUGAGGAACCACUUAAUUAGGCCUCACUGGAUGUUUGCGAUGGACAACAUCAUCCGUCGAGCGGUGCAGGCUGCAGUCACCAUUCUCAUCCCGGAGCUCCGCACCCACUUUGAGCCUGCAUCAGAGACCGAGGGGGUGGAUAAGGACACGGACGAGGUCGAAGAGGACUAUCCCCCAGCGGACGUGCCUGGCCGUGAAGCUCACGUGGCGUUUGGAGGGAGCAGCCUCAGUUCCGCGGGUGCCCCCGGGGCCCAGCCCCAGCAGCUCCACCACCAGCACCUGAGCCUCGAGCUGGGCGAGCUCAGACAGGAGACCAACAGACUUUUGGAACACCUAGUUCAGAAAGAAAGAGAGUAUCAGAAUCUUCUGCGGCAAACCCUAGAGCAGAAAACUCAAGAAUUAUAUCAUCUUCAGUUACAAUUCAAAUCUAAUGAUACUACAGAGAACCCAGCAUCCCCUCCUGGGUCUCAGGGGCAAAAAACUGAUCAAGAGCUCAUAGACUGGUUACAACUCCAAGGAGCAGAUGCGAGUACAAUAGAAAAGAUUAUUGAAGAGGGCUAUACCCUUUCUGAUAUUCUUAAUGACAUCACUAAGGAAGAUCUAAGACACCUUAGACUACGUGGUGGUCUCCUCUGCAGGCUCUGGACAGCAGUCUCCCAAUACCGAAGGAGGGCUCAGGGGUCCCUGGCCUCCCAAGAUGAGGCUGAACCAGUCGGCUAGGCCAGGGGACAGAGGGAGCCAAGAGCUGGCAUCU